AUGCAUCACGACGAUCACGUAAGUCACAAACUUGACAAAUUUCUAGAUAGGUUCGAUAAAUUGGAUGUUUGGAGAGACGAGACCGACCAGAGGAUUGAGAAUCUUGAACCGAGUUUUUCCAGCGAUGCAGAGCAAUCGCCGGGAUUUGAGGACGGUGAAGAAUGGGAUGAUGAUAAUCGUGGACGGAAACCGUGGGAUAGUGGUUUUCGUGCCCGAAACCCUAAUUCUGGUAGUCACGAUGGUCCGACGGAGGAACAGGGCGUUGCGAAGCCAGGGGCCGCACAGGCUCCUGUUGGGACCCACCGACGAAUCACCAAGCUCGGAACCAGUUCAGCGGGUGAAGAUGCACCACCCCGCUUUGAUGGGACCGACGCCACGAAUUGGGUGUCCAGGGUUCUGUAUUAUUUCGAUCACGUGAUGAUGCCUGAUGCCCAACGUUUACAUUAUGCUGUCAUGUUGUACUAUGUGAUCAUAGGCCGUAUGCUUGGGACUACGGGAGCAGAGAUGAUGAAGAAAGUGAUAACCUGGCUAACGGCACAUCUAUCUACUGUUGAGCAGCAGGCCAUGGUGUCUAUAUGGCUCAAGGUUGCUAAAAACACAGAGUUCGAUGAAUGGCUACGAGACUGGUGGGAAGGUAUGGCGGAACAUGUAUCCAGAGUGGAAGAGGGAUUCAGACCUCCUGAUGCCCUAAUGGAAGUUGUUUUGACAUAUCACAAUGGAGAUAUCCCAGGUCAAGUUCCUUCUUAUCGAGAUCCUCUUGGAGAAACUUUUGGUUGCAAGCACUACAAGAGAAAUUGUAUGCUUCUCACUCCAUGUUGCGAUAAGCUCUACACAUGCAUACGUUGCCAUGAUGAGCAAACAGACCAUUCAGUGGACAGAAAAGCUGUAACGGAAAUGAUGUGCAUGAAAUGUAUGGUGAUUCAACCAAUUGGGCAGAAAUGUAUGAGCCAGUCUUGCAAUGGCUUCUCCAUGGGAAGUCACUAUUGCAGGAUCUGCAAAUUGUUUGAUGUUGAACGGUUACAAAUAUACCAUUGCCCCUACUGCAACAUAUGCCGAGUUGGGAUGGGUCUGGGCAUUGAUUAUUUCCACUGUAUGAACUGCAAUGGUUGUAUGGGGAAGUCUCUCGUUGUACAUACAUGUAGAGAGAAACGCAUGGAGGAUAAUUGCCCGGUUUGCAAAGAGUGCAUCUUUGCAUCAUACACUGCACUCAAGGCACUUCCAUGUGGCCAUGUGAUGCAUUCAUCUUGUUUUAAGAACUACAUUUGCUCUGAUUAUACUUGCCCGAGCUGUAGCAAGUCACUUGGCGAUAUGCAGGUGUUCUUCGGGAUGUUAGAUUCUAUUCUAGCAAAAGCGAAAAUCCCAGAAGAGUAUUCCGGCCGGUCUCAGGUUAUAUUGUGCAAUGACUGUGAACAAACUGGAACUGCCUCAUUUCAUUGGCUUUACCAUAAGUGUUCGAAUUGUGGUUCGUACUACACGCGGAUGUUAGGAUAUGUACUGAAAAGCAUGCUUUGA